AUGUGGUCACAAAACCACGUUAAAGACCGAUUGGCUGUCCAWUUGAAUCUAUCGUUUUCAUUGAUAACUAAUUUCAAAAGUUUAUUCAUAAACAGUAAUCCUAACAAUCGGUUUGCUUUUCUGGACGGUCUCCGAACUAUUCUUGCAUUUCUUGUAUUACUUAUACACAACUAUUGGAUAGACUUUAUACCAGUGAACACAAAGGCGUCCACCAAAUCGGUCGGCGCCGAAAUGAUGUGGUCAUCGAAAUACAUGUUUGCCACAAAUGUACAUCUAAUCGAUACGUUUUUUAUGAUCGGGGGAAUGAUGACCUCUUAUGUGAUGUUUUCCAAGUUAGACAAGUCUAAGGGUUCAUUCAAUUACAUACAUUAUGUACUUUUUAGAUAUCUUCGUAUAAUUACACCCGUAAUGGGUGUUGUUCUUUGCUAUUAUUUAUUUCCACUUAUAGGAAAUGGACCUAAUUGGUUAUCAAUAACCAGUGUGUUUUAUCUCCCGUGUCGUGAUAAUUGGUUUUCUGUAUUGACAAUGAAAAGCAAUUUUGAUUUAUCGCCUCCUGAAAAAUAUUUGUGCAGUCCAAGUAGUUGGUAUAUUCCGGCAGAUUUUCAAAUAUUCUUGAUAGCACCGGUAGUUUUUCUCGUUCAAUAUCGUUAUCCACGUCUAGCCAUUUGGUGGAACCUUAUGUUUUUAGGAUUGGGUGCUUUCUUUCUAGUGGCAAAACGAUUUAUUUGGCACAUUCCUCACUAUUUAGAACUUCCACCAGUAGUUAGUAUAUGGGAUAUCACUAAACUUAUGAUUCACUACUACUGGGCCGCUGACCAACACUUUUGUUCCUAUAUGAUGGGUAUACUAUGCGCUUAUUUGAUCCGCAAUAAACCCAACCUAUAUCUCGGCGGCCGAAUCGGUGAAACACUAUUAUGGAUGACAACGUGGACAUUGACUAUGGGUUCACUUUAUUGGACAAACCUAUUUGUGCAUAAAUAUUAUGCCUUUUCAACUGAACAAUUAUUUCUAUAUAUGUUAUUAUCCCGUUAUAUGUAUACUAUUGGUUGGUUUUGGGCAUUUUAUGCCUGUGCUACUGGUCGAGCAGAUUUUAUUAACAAAACUCUCGGUUGGAAAGGAUUUACAUUUACCACUAAUUUAUCGCUUGAAAUGUCAUUGUUACAUUUAAUUGUCAUAUUUUAUCGCAUUGGUAUAGCACGAGAUCACGUGGUUUAUACAAAUUAUUAUGUGCUGAUAUUUUUAUGUCGUUAA